AAAAGAUGUAACCAAAUCUUUGCGCCUGCCGCCUCUGCAGAUCUAGUUGCCACACCUACUCUACCACACCCAUAAAACUACAUCUUCUAUUGAUGGAACAUUAUCAUAAAGUGAGCAGUCAGUUAAUAGAGAAAUCACAGCUACCAAAUGAGCUUAGGAUAGGCCCUACAUCAGGCAGGUCUAACCUCCUAGUUGAGAAAGCAUUCUCAAUUUUAAACGAGCAUCCUUCAGAGGGUCUAAUUAUUUCGUCAUGUGGUACAUAUGUGACCCAGGCAGUGGGCGUAAUAGAACAGUUGAAGAAACAAAAUGACAUCCUGCAAGCCUCAUUUGAGCUCUACUAUGUAAGAGUUGAAGACAUUUGGGCUCCUGACCAACCAGGACUUGACAUUUUAAAAGUGAAGCGUAGAAUACCUGCUCUACAAGCUAGGCUGCUCUGUGAUCAAGAGAAACAAGUUAAAGCAUCAACAAUACAGCCUGUUUCAAUGUCAGCAUCACCGCCAACAGGGGGAUCAACCAAUAAGAGUAACAGCAGCAGGAAAAAGAGAAAGGACAAAUCAAAGGACAAUAAAUAAAGAAUGCUUUUUUAUUUAUUUAAUCAUCAAGAGAUUAUCUUUGCACGACUGUACCUUUAAAUAUUUUAGUGCCAUCAAUUGUGAAUUCCAAUAAUUAAAAACCAGUAUUAAUCAUCAA